AAUGCAGGAAUUACUAUUAUUUCGUGUUUUUUUUUAUGCCAUACACGGUUUCUUAAAAAAAUCGGCACAUUGACUUACUUAUUUCACAAAUAUUCUGUGGAUCAAUAAAUCGAAGUGGACAGUAUCCGCUAAACUGUCUUUUUAAUAAAGCAAAACUCAGUCACCUAAAGAUUCAAGUAAUACAGUGAAUCCUCUACCGUAACUAGAGAAUAGAGGAGCGCCGUGAUAAGGGUUAUGUGGAUAUAAAAGUCACGUGAUGGAAAGUAGGCUGCGUCGCCAUUUUCUGUAGUGGAGAGUGAUUUGUGAGAAGCUGCUACUUCAAGUGGAAACAGACAAGUACAGACAAUGGAGUUUAAGCCCUCUGUAGUUCCAAGAAGACUAUCCAGUUCUGAUGAAUUAUCAUUUCCUUCGGGAGCAAGGAGACUACAUAGUGGCCGCGAAAGUAGUACGAGUGAUGGAUUACACAGGAGGCAAGCUUCAAAAUUGGAGUCUGAACUUCAGGAAAGCGGUAUAUUUUCCAGUCCUAGAGUGGACCAUAGAUAUUCUGAACAUGAAAGUAGAGAAGCCUCUGUAAAGCUUGCAUCUGCCACAGUUCACACUCCAGGGACCUACAAUCGAUCGUGGUCUGGAAGUUUCUUGGAAAGCAGAAACAGACUGCCGUCAGCCUCUACUUCAUUUCAGUCUUCUGUGUACCAUGAAUCGGAGAGGCCAUUAGGAGCAUAUUCGAGACUACACAAUCAACAGGAUAGUGAUUCCAAGAGACCUAAACUGUCUUAUUCGGGCAGCACUCCUACCUCUGGAAGUUCAUUAUGGAGAAGUGCCCAGAUUUCAAGUUCUUCACCUGGAGUCAUUAGUUCAGCAUCGGGAACUGAAUUACGAGGAAGGCCAUUAGAGAGAGCGACACCAGUAACUAGCAGUUUUGGAAGCCACAGUCACAGGACUUCUGGCAUCUCUUCAUUAGCUUGUUCCCAAGAUGGAGUUAGCUCACAUGUGCAGGGAGCCAGACCAAAGGAUGCAUCAUUUAGUGCUGUGAAUACUUCAUCCAGGAGUCACAACUUGUCUUCUGAGCAUUACUCAUCCUUGUUUUCUAGGGAUUCAGGUAGAAACACCUCUAGACCGUCUGAGUCCAUAUUUCCUUAUGGAGGUUCAGUGUCUGAAACACAAGUAGAUUCCAGUUGCAGCAGAAUUAGACAUACUGCUCCUGUAGCAACAGCUACAUCCAGGAGAGCCGUAGCAUCUUUAGGACAUUAUUCUUCCUUGAUCUCUAGGGAUGACUGCAGAUAUUCCUCAUCUAGACCAUCAGAAUCUGUUUUUCUCAGCAGGGAUCCUGUGUCUGAAGGAAGUGAGCAAGAUGUGACUUGCUCCAGAAACAGACGUGCUGCUGCUUCUACAGUUGCUUCAGAAAGAACUGUGUCCUCUCCCAGGAGAUCAUUUAAUGAAUCUGCUCAGGAGAAUGAUGGAAGGAUUACAGCUCGGCAGCUUUUGUCUCGCUUAGCCUCAAGUAUGUCUAACACCUUCUUGAGAAGGUCAAGUAGUGAGUCAUUGGAUUCAAGAUCUGAUUCUACAAAUCCAUACUCUGUACAAAGAACUGAAAAUUCUACUCCAAGCAGAACUAACACUGCUACUCCUGAAACUUCAGACAGCAGGCCAUCUGAAUCUCCACAAAGUUUUAGCUUUUUGGGACGUAGAAGGCAAGGUUUUAAUUCUCCAUCACAUCAAAGCUCAGUAGAUGUAGAGCUGUCAAGACAGUACAACUCUGGCAGAAGUACUGGAUCCUGGCUGUCAUCUUCAAUUAGAAACCGGUGUACACCAUUGUUUUCCAGGACUAGGCGAGAAGGACGAGAUGAAUCUGCAAGAAUGGCAGCAAACCCUGAUGAAUCGGAUGGAUUGCAGCAUCCUUUUAUAAGAGAACCUUCUCUGGGAGAACAAGGAAAUGACUUGCUGAGAACUACAGAUUCAGGUUCUGUAUCACCGCAAAUGGUUAACACUACUGCUUCCACAGCUAAUUCAUCACAAAUGAGAAAUGCAAGAAUCUCUAGAGCCCUUCCUACUUCCUUGUUACGUUUUGCUGUGCCUUCAGGUAUCGGAAGUAACCUUUCAGACAGUGUUUUGAUAACUGUGGAUAUAAUGCCCCCAGCAAGGGAUCACUCGGAGAGACGGGAAUCACAAGACUCAUCAGCAAGAGAUCCAGAAAAACUUAGGAAGCUGCAAGAGAGCCUUCUUUUGGAAGACUCUGAAGAGGAAGAAGGUGAUUUGUGUAGAAUCUGCCAGAUGGGAGAAGACUCUCCAACCAACCCGUUAAUAGAAGCCCCAUGCAAAUGUACUGGAAGCUUGCAGUAUGUUCAUCAAGAGUGCAUGAAGAAGUGGCUGAUUUCCAAAAUUAACUCAGGUUCCAGUUUUGAAGCAGUAAACACAUGUGAGUUGUGCAAAGAGAAACUUAAUCUGAAUUUGGAGAAUUUUGAUAUCCACGAAUUGUACAGGGCACAUGCCGCUGAACAGGCUGAGUUCGAAUUGAUAAGCUCUGGCCUUUACCUUGUUGUGUUAUUCCAUUUAUGUGAUCAGAGGUUUUCUAACAUGCUGUGGGCUGCAAAUGAAGCAAGUACUCUCAGGUUUUUUAAUCUGGCUCGUUCUCUUGGUGCACAGAUGGAUGAUCUUGAAACAUCCGAUGAAAGUGAAGAUGAUGAAUCCGAGGAAGACAACGAUCUUAACUGACUGACACUUGCUCGAGUGUCUCAGCACUUCAGCAGUUUGUUUACAGCAGAGUGCAGUUGUCACAAGUAAAAGAAUAGGUCUGCUGUAAAAUGCACACAAAUUCGUUUUUCCUUAAAAUUUGCUCUUUAACCAUUUAGGAAAAAACUGCAACUUGUGUAGAAAAAGCAGUUAUGUAUAUAAUGCUUCACCCAAAUUUAGGGGGGUCAUUUAUUUGUAUGUUUUAAUGAUUAUUUUACCAUUGUACAUCUUCGCUGUUUAUUGCAUACUUAUCAGUGUAUUUGGAGAUAUUGCCUGCUUUGAGAUAGUGCUGCUGAGAAGAAAAGGUGCUAGUGCUGUAGAUAUUCUGGGUAGCACAUAUAAGUGAAUCAUGAGUUGGUGCUUGUAUGACCCCCUUAUUUUCAUGCUGCAGAAGUUGUCUAGUUUUACACCAAGAAACAUUUUCAAAAGUACUUGUCUGUAUUUAGUGACUGCAUUUUCUUCCCUGCACCACAAAGGUUUGUGGUUAAUUGAUUAAUCACCUUUUUCUAAUAUAUUUGCAAAACUGACUUGUAAUAUCCCUCUACAAAAGUCUCUUCUUGUAUGUGAUUCUCCAUAACAGUUGCAUGAUUUAGGUGCUUUUGGUCCUCCUCGUAUCCAGACCUUCAAGCUUACACCCUAUUAGACAUGGCCCUUUCAUUCCCUUGCAUGAGGGAUUUCACACAGUGCUAGGAUAUGAGCUGCCUGGAGGAGUCUGUCAUUCAAAUUGCCAUGAGAGUGUUUUAUGUCCUCGCUUUGCAUUCCAGCAGCGAGAGCAUCUGCAAUGGCCUAAUAUCCUGUGUGGGAAUGUGUGAUCUGCUUCAGUGCACGAGGCCCAAGAUGCCCUCCCCAUGCAAGUGUACACUUUCACUUACUUGUAUUGAAGGCUACUAUCAGGUGAUGGGUUGGUAAAUUCUAACACUUGCUCCAGGCUGCUCAUUUACAUCACAGCAUGUUCUCGGAAGGGUUGAGGCGGUAUGUGGCUCUUGACAGAUCAGACCUUCAGCUGCAAAUCAAACCUGGGGUCACUUGGGUUGUAAUCAAGACUUGAUAUCUCUAUGCCACCAGAGCUGGCAGUCACUUUUAUGUGAACAGCUUGUGUCUAGGCUAUUGAUCAGAUAAGUGUGACUCGUAAGUUGCCCUUUGUAAUAAUUGUACUUUUGUAGUGCCUGCUUAGGAUUGCAUUUAGCAUUUCCACCUACAUAAAGUGCAUAGGUGUGUCUUAAUUAUUUUUUCAUAUUUAUUUUUACAUUUGUUAACCGGGUUAGUCGGACUGGGCCCAGAGAGCCCUUUUUCAGUGGAGACUUGAGGGGAAAAGCUCCAGGAAAAUAAUAAGUAAAAAAAAAAAAAAGGGGGGGGGGACUAGCAAUUCAAGUUGUAAGAUACUUAACAGUACAAGAACAGAGAGAAAUGUACAGCAAGAAUAUUUACAAGGCAGAAGUACAGUAUUUUGAGAAUGCAGUAGCAAUAUGUUUGAGAUAUUUGGUUAGCAUUAAGUUGUAUACAAGGAAAUAUAGCAAUGCCUUAAAAUUAAAAAUAUUUUCUAAUAUGUAAUGUACAAUUUCAGAGUAACGUCAUGACAUACUACAUCAAAGAUGCAUUUAAUAGCGUAGGUAUUAACUGCAGAGAGAGUAAUAUGUGACGACAGUUUAGAUGGGAAAUAACCAGUCAGAUAUGUUAAUCAAGAGAAGAAAAUUUCAUUAGGUUAUUUCCUGACAAGUACAGAUCCAUGCAUGUUGGAAAUUAAUUUUUAUUUGCUAAAUAUUCCAGUUAUUGUUUUUAUAGAUAUGCCAUCUAAUAAACAUGAAGGUUGUCUGCUCUAGAGCCCCCUUAAUUAAAUGGUUAGUAGCAAAAUACACCCUCUAACGUUGUUACAGUUGUCACACCUAACCUUGUAGUCUUAUCUAGGGAGGUGUCUUAAGUUCCUUGCUGUGUGAUAUCAAUGUAUGGAUUCUUAGCUGCUAGAGUAAAUGUUGUACUUCAUUAAAUCUAGUAGCUCUACAUGGAAAAUAGAUUCAUCAUUGACCUCUGUUCAGAAAAUCCUUAGGCCUACACUGGACAAGUGAGCUAAGCUAGCCUGAUUACUGAUCAAGCACCAGAAUACAAGUCGAUGCCUAGUUGGAACUCAAAAGAUCAUCUUUUAGAAGCAAGCUGUUCAUGGAAGGGAUAGUGUACCAUGCGCAGGCUGUGACCAGUGGUUAGUUGACAGGAUAGUUUGGUUUAGGGUAUGCAGUGCUACUCCAUCCUCUAGUUCUAAGUUGGGAUUCCUUUGGUCUUCAUUUGCCAGCUGUUUGACUCUGAACAAUUGACUUGGCCAGACUGUACUCUUGGGUUGAUCCUGUGGUUUACCUGGUUAACAAUUAAAAUUCAGACAAUUUAAGUCUCCAAGGAGCACGCUGAUGCAAUGUAUGUAUGUAACUGGCUUGUUCAGAAUAAUUACGUUAUAUUUUACCACAUAACCUUCAUUUAAAAUGCUUUUGUCAGCAUUCUUAAGACUUGUAAAUCACUUGAACUUAUUUAUUGUGUUUCAUUUACUAACUGGAGUAGAACAUUGAUCACAGUAACCAUUCCCAAGUUCAGCUUGGGGGGGGGGGG